AUGGCUAAGAUCUCAAGCUCGCUUCCUCCCGUUGGCGAGUCAUUCAACCAUCUGGGCCUUGCCUCCAUCAGUUCUCCUACCGCAGCGCUCAUUCUAGCGGCCACGGCUUCAAGCACCAGCUCGAUCAUCCUUCUCAGACUCUGCUCGAUCAAUGGAUGGGUAUCGAGUACAGCCAAGCUGGCUCGGUAUUUUCGUCUCCGUGUCAUCACAGCAGACGAGCUUCGUCGUUCGACUUCCCCGAGAUCCUCUCGAACUUUCCCGAGGAGGAGAUUGAUCUUGUCAAGCAGAUCUAUGGCAAGAGCAAGGCCGGCUUGGACUCUCAUCAGACGAUCGAUGAUGAUGUUAUGUACCCAAUCGCGUGCGUGGAUUGAGCUUGCACAACUACAUGCGUUGUCAUUGCGUAAUGUGAUCACUUGA